CACACGUACACGAACACACACAUUCUGUCAGCGGUGAAGCGGCGAAGUACAGAAAACUUGACGGUCUUUUCGGCGAUAAAAACGUUCUAGCGCAAGGUUUCGAGCUCCUCCCCCCCUGUGCGUGUGUGUGUUGGAGCGGAAGUCCUGGUUUUUGCAGUCGCUUGCAUCGUGUUUUUCUCUACCCGCUGCCUCCCCGUGACGGACGAAGUGCAAACAGCCGUAGCUAGCGGUGUGCUCGUGUGUUUCGCUUGGCGUGCAAAAUCUAACCUAUUCGACGGAAGUUUUUAUGACAAAGGAUAUGACUUCGGAAGCAGCUGUACCACCGCCGGCCGUCUGGGCCCAACGAAGCGAUGUCCUCUUCCUCACCCUCAACGUAGAAUGCAGCGACCCGGUGUACAAAUUCACCGAAGACUCGAUGAGCUUCACCGGCGUGGGCAAACCGGAGGGCAAAAAGUACGAGCUGAACGUGGAGUUUUUCAGUAAAAUCAACCCGGACAAGGUGGCGUCGAAAAACAUCAAGCGCUGCAUCGAGUUCGUCAUUGCCAAGGCGGAGCCGCAGGAAACCUACUGGCCCCGGCUGCUGAAGGACAAGACCAAGCCCCACUGGCUGAAGGUUGACUUCAACCGAUGGGAGGACGAGGGCUCCAACGACGAGGAAGGUGGUGCCGACCAGAUGGACCUUAUGCAGAUGCUAAACGCUUCCCAGAACAGUAACAAACUUUCCUUCGACGAUCUAAGCGACGAACCGGAAGGCGAAGACUCGGACGACGAGAGCAUUCCCGGGCUGACGGAUUCUUAAGCCGCUGGUAGUGGUGGUGGUGGAGGUGACGGUGGUGUUGGUGUGUGUCCAAAGGUGCGCGCGGUCGGUCAUCCCACUUCCGCCGUGUUAGCUGCUGCUGCCGGUGCGCUGCCGCCCCCUAUCCCCCCUCCCCGUGUUUUCCGCGUUAUGUCAAAUAGUAUGUACCGCGAAAGUUGUAGCAUUUUAAGCCAUCUGUUUAAAAUUAGCCAUUUCCUGCUCCUUCCUUCCCGUUUUUUUCCCUCUCCCACUCCGGUUCUCUAGCUGUGUUGACUCUCUAGGGGGUUUCCCGGUGUUGGUGUGGGGGAAAAAAGGGGUGUUGGGGGGAGUUUGGAGAGGGAUAGCCGGCACUCCCGACAGCAGAAGGCGCACUCAAAAACAAACACAGGACACACACUAACACACUCUCACAUACACAGUUCAUAGCAAGGGUUAGAGGUUAAACAACAAAGGAUCAAAACAGCCGAUGGAUGGCGCACUCUCUCGUUCGUCACUUCACCUGGUGGUAGAAUGAGGGAAAAUGGCGGAAAAAUCAGCAGCAGAAAGGUAGAAGAAAAACACACCAUCACCCACACACAACAUCCCCCCGCUCGCUCCUAAGUGGUUUCCUUCGCCGCGGUGUAGCGAACGAACGAAGGAAAAAUAAUGGGAGAACGAAAAUGGAGUGGAGAGUGUUCCAGACACAAUAAUACACUAUAGAAAUUAAUCCUUAAAUAACCGAGCGGACAAAACUCAAGUAUGCAGAUAACAAACAAACAAAACAAAAAAUACAACCAAAUGGAGUUUUGGGACGAGACAGAUAAAAACACAACACGCAAUAA